ACCUACUACGAAACUUUAAUGGCUGGACAUAAAACAAAUCCGUCCUUUAUUAUUGGGCUGGAGCCUGCGCCACCUUGUGCUGAAAAAAAUAAAUCGUUAUUUUUUUAUGAUACAACGUUUGCUUUAUGGGAACCGUUUUCGGCUAAAUCUAGUUGUAACUUGCAAGAAACGUUUGCUCAAUUGAAAAGAAAAAGGAUAGUUUCUUUUUUGCAUCGAAAUUCUUUCUUUCGAAGUGUGGAAGCGUAGACAAGACACCUAGUCAAAGUGCUUUGCAGUUUUCUGUUGUCGUGUUUUGCAAAAAGCAAGUGCGUCGACCGUCGCUUCCAAGUCUGGCAACGCCGUGUGUGCCGUGUCGCGUGCACGGCGUUUGUUUAUACAACCAGUUUCGCCUCGUUGCACGCAACGCGCGUUUCUCGUUUUCGGUUAUCAUCUGAGUUUUCCUGUCUGUAUUCUGCCCUUCGACCGACCGACCCACCGACAAACCCUCCGACCGGCCACGGACUGACUGAUAAGAUUUGCGGACCGAUUUCCGACUUUGCUACCGGGCAGAAUGUCCAACGCAAGGAAUCGCCGACACAGAAGAGACCGCACGGACGCGCAGUACGCAGCGGCAAUGAUGAGGCGACAGCGUGUGCUGCGGGACCGCCUGAACCCCUUUGAGGAUUUCGACGAGGAUGGGCUGCAGCAACGGUUCCGAUUUGGAAGAGCGGGCAUAAUGUUUCUCGCCGACACACUGCGUCCGGACUUGGAGCGCCGUACACGUCGUAGCCGCGCCCUCUCUGCGGAGCAGCAAGUGAUCAUCGCCUUGCAGUUCUACGCAACUGGGAACUUUCUGAUCACUGCAGGCGACUACAUCCGCGUGCAUGUGUCAAGUGCUUCACGGGCUGUGAGGCAAGUCACCGUAGCGCUGGCUCGUCGAGCACAAGACUUCAUACGAUGGCCUGACGCUGCGGAGGGGGCAGCCUUGCAGCACAAGUUCUACGACAUGGCCGGCUUUCCUUUGGUCGUGGGUGCUGUUGACGGUACCCAUGUCCGGAUCCAGGCACCCCAUGUGCACGAGGAGGCGUACGUCAACCGCCAUGGAUACCAUUCCAUCAACGUACAGGUGGUCGUUGACGCCUCUUCUCGGAUUCGCAACGUGGUUGCAAGGUGGCCUGGAAGCACCCACGACUCUCGGAUCUUCACGGAGAGCACCUUGGCAGUCAAGCUGGCCAGUGGAGAGUACGACGGCCUGCUGCUUGGUGACAGCGGCUACUCCUGUCAACCUUGGCUGAUGACGCCAUUCCUGUCGCCGUCAUCAGCAGCCGAGGUCGCAUACAAUACGGCACACACGACGACAAGAAGCAUUGUUGAACGGACAAUCGGCCAACUCAAGCGGAGGUUCCAUUGCCUUCACGCUGAGCUCCGAAUGGCUCCAGAACGGUGCUGCGACAUCAUUGUCGCGUGCUGUGCCCUUCACAACCUGGCCAAGAGGUACCCCUGCAGGACACCCGUGGCCGCCAUCCCCGCUGAGGUUCCCGUUGAGCCCGUAGCAGCCAACCGUGCUGAGAGCAACGAGGCCCGAGACUUUAUUGUCAACCAUUUCUUCGGCUAAGUAUCCUGCUGUCGCUCGGCCCUUCUCUGGUACUGCUGUGCAGCCUCACGGGUCCAGCGCUGGUUGUGCUGCACAACAGGAGAGGCCAGUGUUCUCUGUGCUGCGUCGUCUUCAACUGUACUGCUGCCAGAUGACGAGGGUGGCGGCGUCGUCACCCUUCCCGUGCAGCUGCUGUAGUGACACGCAUGACCAGGAAAUUGUUUGAGGUUAAAGGGAUACUACAACAAAAUUUCGGGUUUCAUUUUUUGGUCUAUAUGUGUUCGAAGGAGCAGUAUCA